GAGGCAGAAAAGAGGAUCGAUAGAUCCACGCGCGCGAGGAGAAAGUUAUUGCAUAUAUACCUACCGGUAUUCACGUCCGCUGGAUUGCUCGCCUAUUUGCUUGAGCACCUGCCAGCGCGUUAGGUCGUCUUGGCUGUCUGCCUGCUUGCCUGCCUGCGCCUAGCCGCUGUCAUCGCCACCGCGAUCCGAGAUUCUCUCUGUCGAUCAUCUUCCUCACCGUUCAAUAAGGUGCCAAUCCGCAAAAGAGAUGGUGGAGGUGCUCUUGGAUCGAAUCGACGGCCAGGAGGUGGCCGUCGUCGAGUCGAACUGCAGACCAGAGUCACCGACGGAAAAUUCGCCGGUCAACGAGAAGCUAUCGCCGAUUCAGGAGUUUUAUUAUGGCCAGACUAUUUUCAUCACCGGCGGCACUGGUUUCAUGGGUAAGCUGCUCAUCGAAAAGCUCCUCAGAACGUGUCCCGGAGUGACGUCGAUCUAUCUGCUGGUGCGUCCGAAGAAGGGCAAGGACGUGCACCAGCGCACCGAAGAGAUCUUCGACGAUGCGGUAUUUGCAAAACUUAGGGACGAACAGCCUAAGUUCCGGCAUCAGAUCGUCGCUAUAGCGGGAGAUUGCAGUCAACCGAAUCUCGGGAUAUCCGCGCAAGAUCGAGCCACUCUCAUCCGGGAGGUUUCGAUCGUUUUCCACGUCGCGGCUACGGUCAGAUUCGACGAGAAGUUGAAGUUAGCAGUGCCCAUUAAUGUCAGAAGUACAAGAGACGUUGUAAAUCUCUGCAAGGAGAUCACAAACUUGAAGUCCUUUAUACACGUGUCGACUGCAUAUGCAAAUUGUCCGCAAAAUGUAAUCGAGGAGAAAUUUUAUGACCCCCCAAUGGACUCAGACAAAUUGAUCGCGCUGAUGGAAUGCGUGGAAGAUAAGUUAGCUGAAGAUAUAACUCCACAAUUAUUAGGUAAGUGGCCGAACACUUAUACCUUCACGAAAGCAGUUGCUGAGAACGUGAUUAGAAAGCAAGGUGGCGAUUUGCCGAUCGGCAUCUUCCGUCCCGCCAUUGUGAUCUCAACGUAUCAAGAACCGAUGCGAGGUUGGAUCGACAAUUUGUAUGGUCCAACUGGAGUUGCGGCUGGUGCUGGAACUGGAUUGCUACGAUCGAUCCAUUGUGAUGGCUCAGUACACGCAAACGUGGUACCUGCCGAUUUAGCAGUCAAUGCUCUAAUCGCAUGUGCAUGGGACGUAGCGAAUGAUCAAAGGACAAACAAUAAAUCACGUAACGACAUUCCGAUAUAUAAUUAUGUGUCUACGGAUAACCCGAUAACUUAUGACGAACUGAAGGAAAUGUCAGCAAAAUAUGGCCUCGAUAUUCCUUCCAGCAGAGCGGUUUGGUAUUACAGUUUCAGAAACAAUAAGCACAGGCUAGUGCAUCUCUUUUUUGUAUAUUUCUGGCAUCUGCUCCCAGCUUUACUGGUUGACACUGCAACUGUCUGCAUAGGAAGACAACCGAGAUUACUUAAGGUUUAUAAAAAGAUCCACAAAUUUAUGGAUGUGUUGAACUACUUUGCCACACAAGAAUGGAAAUUUACCAAUAAUCGGUUACACACACUGAUGUCGAAGCUCACGUUCAAAGAUCGUGAGAAGUUCUAUUGUGAUAUACGUGAUGUCGAUUGGAAUACUUACUUUGAAACGUAUAUUAAAGGAAUAAGGGUGUACCUCAUUAAGGAUCCCUUAGAUACCUUGCCGCAGGCACGCGUUAAAUGGCAAAGAUUAUAUUGGAGCCAUCAAGCGCUGAAACUCAUAUUGGCUUACAUCACCAUGAGGUUCUCCUGGACGGCUUUGACCACACUUUUUGAUAUUGUUUAUCAAAAAAUAUGAUGGCAAUGAUAGAAACUAAUAAGACGACCCGAAAUUCAGGACAUACGUCUUGGAAAUACGGGACUGAAUGGUGGAGGGCGAUAUUUUGAGUUUUUUUAAGGAAGAGGUGCGACUGGACUCUCAGAGAAGCGCGAAACUUUCGUC